UUUGGCAAGCUGUGUGUUAGUUUUUUCGCCAUUUAAACAUUUCAUUUUAUCCCAUGUAUUAUAUUGUUUAUUAAGUAUGUUGAAUUUAAAUUGUGUUAUAUGCGCCGAACUGUUUACGCAUUCCGAUGAUGUUUACGUUACCAUCUGCGGACACAUGUUUCAUCACAACUGCCUCAUGCAAUGGCUGGAGCGCUCCAAAACGUGUCCACAGUGCCGCAACAAGUGCACUACACGCAACAUAUUGCGUGUCUACUUCAAUCUGGCCAAUUUGGACGUGAGUCGCAUCGACGUGGGCUCGCUGCAGGAACAGCUGGACAAUGCGAAUCUAGCCAUGAAAAUGAAGGAGCAGGAACAUAACAAAAUCGAACAGCAAAUGAAAGAUCUAAAGGACACGCAGAAAAAGUGCCUCAAAACAAUUGCCGGCCUGGAGCAGAAGCUACAAAAGAAAGAUUUCGUAAUCUGCGGCUAUGUGGAGCAAAUAAGUAUACUUAAAAACGAUGCACGCGUUGUUGAUGAGCUGCGCAAGGAGAACAAAAGUCUAAAACAACAAAUACACACAAUGGAAGGCGUUUCAGCCAUACUGUCAGCCGGCGCCGCAGAUGCUGAUCGUCUGCUGAAGAACGAAGCCAAUCCGCAUGUGCUGGCCAAUUGGGUGUCCACGCUGAAGCGUGAGCUGCGGCAGUGCGAGACCAAAAAGACGGAGCUGCGCAAUGUGCUUAAACUGGUGCAGAAUGAUUUGCGCAGAGAGCUGGACUCAAAGCGCAACCUGGAGGAGAAAAUAUCACAUCUAGAGAGCGAUCUCUAUCGCACGCAAGAGAAGCUUAAAAACCUGCAAAGUCAGCCAAUUGACUUGGAUGCAUCCAGCAACUCGUUGGGCCUAAACACCAACAUUGUGGCACUGAAGCGCGAGGAGCGACGCAGCACCAUCUCGCCGACAACCAAACAGAACAUAAAGCGCAUAGAGGAAUCGACAUCACCCUACCUGAACAUCAAGUCCAGCAGCGUGGGCUUAGCACAUCUGCUGAAGCCGCCAGAGAUGGGCAUAACCAAAAUAUCGCCCAUUAAAAGCGGCGCUGGCAUAAGCAUGGCAACAGGCGUUAUACGUAAAACCCACAGUGAUCUUAGCGAAAAGUAUUCAAUUUUUAAGAAGCCACGUCUGCUGCUGGGCGGCUCCAGUUCGGCUGCCACAAUGAGCGCCAAUUUCGCGUUCAACGGCAUGGGCGGUUCGGAGAAGAUAGAUCCAUUUGCGCAGCGUGCAGUGGAGGAGGAACAGGAGGCAGCAGCAAGACCAACGAGCAGUCAGCCGUCGAUGUCUAGGACAGUUAAUUUGCGGCUCAAAGCGGGCACGCUGCGCAACAUUAAGCUAACCAAGUAGCCAGUGCGAAUUGUUGUUAUAAGCCAAAAGUGUUUAAGCCAAGACUGCCUCAGUUUCGAAUUAUAGUUUGUUAGCAUAAUAUAUAGAUGAAUUUAUAGAUGAA